CUCGGGAGGGCUCGGGAAGGCGAGGACCCAGGGCCUGCCUCACCUGCCCUCCUUCCCCGCACCUGCUGCUGACCCUGACCAGAGCCACCAUGCCACGUGGUCAGAAGAGUAAGCUCCGCGCACGGGAGAAACGCCGCCAGGCCCGAGAGGAGACCCAGAGCCUCCAGGGUGCUCGGGUCACUGCGAUGUUGGUAAAGGAGGCCGCGUCCUCCUCUCUUGUUCCUGGAGACUGCCCCGAGAGCUCCCCUGCUGCUGGCCCCUCCCAGGAGUCGUGGAGCACCUCAUCCUCCCCGACGCCUACUGCAGCCGUCUGCAGGCCAAAAUCGGAGAAGGAGGCCAAGGGCCCCAAGGAGGAGCGCCCGGGCUGCUCCAGGGCCCCGGCCUCCACCGACCGCUCCCACCGCGACCCGCUCACCAGGAAGGCUUUCCUGCUGCUGCAGUUCCUGCUGCACAAGUACAAGACCAAGCAGCCCAUCCUCAAGGCCGAGAUGCUGAAGAUCAUCAGCAGAAAGUACAAGGAGCAGUUCCCCGAGAUCCUCAAGAGGAGCUGCGAGCGCCUUGAGCUGGUCUUUGGCCUGGAUCUGAAGGAAGCUGACGCCAGUGGCCAGUCCUACACGCUGGUCAGCAAGCUGGAUCUCAGCCAUGCCACCACCCUGAGCGGCGGCUGGGGCUUCCCGAAGACGGGCCUCCUGAUGCCGCUCCUGGGCAUGAUCUUCAUGAAUGGCAACUGCGCCCCCGAGGAGGAGAUCUGGGAGUUCCUGAGCUUGCUGGGCAUCCACGACGGGCGCAGGCACUUCAUCUUUGGGGAUCCCAGGAAGCUCAUCACCCAAGAUUUGGUGCAGGAGAAGUACUUGGAGUACCGGCAGGUGGCCCACAGCGACCCACCACGCUACGAGUUCCUCUGGGGUCCCAGGGCCCAUGCCGAGACCAGCAAGAUGAAGGUCCUAGAGUUUCUGGCCAAGGUCAACGACACCGUGCCCAGUGCCUUCCACUCCCACUAUGAGGAGGCUUUGCACGAUGAGGAGGAGAGGGCCCAAGCCCGAGCUGCAGCCAGGGCCAUGGCCAGGGCACAGCCGGGGCGUGGGCAGGCCGCUGUGGGCAGUGCCUACGGCCCUUAGGGGGGUCCGAGGCAGGCUCUUCACUCUUAGGACUGCCCACCUGCUGAGGAGGCGGGGAGGCACCAUGGCUGGAAGGGGCCCCACAUGUAGCUUCUUUAUGUUCCAGUUAUACACAAGAAAGGCAGAGAGUCAUUUUUUUUGUCCUUCCAAUAGAAAGUUUAUGUAGAGUUAGGGUUUAACUUGAUGCAUGAAAUGGAUCACAUGUUUAUUGUUGUUUCUUAGGUUUAUGAGUAAGAGGUUUUGUCAAACAAAUGAAAAAUCAUUAAAUCUUUUUUUGUGAGCCAAGCCAAGAUCACAUGGCACCGGAGCAGGGGUGUUCUUGGAAAUGUGUGAGAAGCCCACAGGAAAAUCGUGGGAAUGGUGGGAUAGAGCAGUCUUAGUUUCUUUUAAUCCUUUUAGUCUUUUGGUCAGUUCUUGAUUUCCUC